AUGGAUUGUGCGGCAAUCUGUUUGCUCACAACUGCAGUACAGUUCAUUCCACUGUCUUCCACCAUUAAUUGCACUUAUUGCGUCGAGGCUCGAUCCACCUAUGAACAUUGUUUCAAAGAUGUCAUCGAAUGUGCUUACCGUGAUCCAAGCUCACUGAUAAUUUGUUUGAACGUCUAUGAAAAAAAUGGAGAUGAUCCUGCAAUAGUUCAACACACAAUUCGUUGCGUUUCCUAUCAAGACUACUACGUUCCAGAUGAAUCCAUUCGACAGGUCAGUGCCGGCGGUUCUUGUGCAUUCGAGCACAUUCAAAGAUGCGAAUGCGAUGUGUGCCGCACUCCGACGACAACCACAACUACAACUACCACUCAAAUCACCCCUUCCAUGCAUAGAAAGAAGCAUCAUCAUCACCAUCACCACAAAGAGGGAUCCAGCCAUAACCGCAAGCAUGAUCAACUCGUAUACCCCAACAACACCUUUGCACAGCAGUUCAGAGAUAGCGGACUCUAUUUAAAAUCAUCUCCUUGCUUUUUAUCUCUGUUUGGUCUACUUCUUGUCCAAUUAUUAUUUUAG